CUCUCGCCUUGCUAUGGUGUGGAGCGAGAGCCAGCUACCUUCGAUGACGUCAGCCCUUCCCACCUCCUGAAAGCCCGUUAUCCCACCCCGUCUUCUUACAGUCUUCUUUCCCUGAGCUCGAAUCUUUUCACAAACCCGAAUGAAGCAUCUUCGUUUGUUACUGACUCCACUCUGAGUGAAUAUUCGUCUUGCAACCUGAGUGAGUCCUCCACUGCCACUCUAGAUGAGCUGCAAACCUGUGGCUACGACACCACGGAUCAUUCUGACACUCCAUCCCCAACCCUGAGUUGGAUGUCUGCAAUAACUGAUGAUACAACUACCACCACUGCUGCUCCCACUCAUAUGGUGGUGAACGGAAAUUCUCGCACCGAUAGCAGCAGCCCAAUGAGUUAUUUGCAAAGGCCCUUCUCACCAUCAUCAGCUUAUUCUUCAUCACCUUCAGUAAAUCCAAACAUUGUUGCAAUGCAGCACAGCAGAACCAUGGAGAACCUAAGUACUUCACAGCAGAGCAAAUCACCUGGUGCUGAUGUAAUGAGCAUUGAACCUGUUUACAGAACAUCGGAAGAGGAGAAGAAAGUCACAGUAAUUAAAGCACCGCAUUAUGCAGGAAUUGGCCCUGUUGAUGAAUCUGGAAUACCCAUAGCCAUAAGGACGACAGUGGAUCGACCGAAAGACUGGUAUAAGACGAUGUUCAAGCAAAUACAUAUGGUGCAUAAGCCAGAUGAUGAUACAGAUGCAUUCAAUGCUACAUAUGCAUAUGUUUAUCCUGAUAAUUACAGCGCAUUCACCUCUGUUCAGGCGCACCCACCUCCCAAGACACAUACUUACCGGCCUUUAUCAAAAAGUACCUCAGACAAUGGGGUUGAAUUCUUCAAGGAAUCUGCUCCACUACCACCGCCUCCACCUGUCCCACCACUUUCACAACCAAGACUGAGAGAAACAGAUUCCACCGAAAGGAACGAGUGGGAUCCACCUGACAGAAAAGUUGAUACUCGGAGAUAUCGGGCUGAACCUAGAAGCAUAUUUGAAUAUGAACCAGGAAAGUCGUCAAUCCUAGAACAUGAGCGACCAGGUGGGCGAAUAACCCCAGAUGAAAUAGAUUUAGAAAACGAACCCUGGUAUAAAUUCUUUUCAGAACUGGAAUUUGGACACCCGCCUCCCAAAAAGCUUUUGGAUUAUCUGCCGGAAAGUUCUGCCCGUGUUUCGGCUGAGAAUAUAAAGUUAGGUCACAGUAGUCGCCAUAGCCAGCCCCUGGUUGUAAUCACACCCAGCCCAAAAAGAUCUGUCCUGUUCAAGAAUGGCUGGCACCUGAACCGACAAAAUGCUGAAGCUUGGAGCAGCACAGAUGAAGCCACUUCACCGAAGCAGAAGUCUCGCAGCUGUGACGACCUGUUGCAAAACGACUACGUUGACGUUCAGGAGGAGCAGCCUAAGUCUGAGAGCAUGGUGACAUUACUUUGCGAAGAGCAGCCCAAAGGAGAAUACUCCAGAGGUUGGCUUUCACCUCACGGGACUGGGAAUGGGAAGCCCCAUAGAUCACGCAUUCGCUGCAAGUCAGCACGUGGUGGCAAAGGCUUCUUGAAGUUGUACAAAAAAAUGCAUCAUAUAAACCGCAAUGAAUUAAUCAAUCCAGAAGUAAUCUGUACUGUGAAAUCCAGGGUGUUACAAUACGAACAGGAGCAGCACAGAGGUAUCUUUUCAGAAUGGAAAGAAUUUUCCAACGAGGUGCCUAGGGACAUGGUACCAACCAGAAUCUCUGAAUUUGAAAAACUUAUCAAGUCCAAAUCUAUGCCCAAUCUGGAUAAUGUGAUGCUAACUGAAACUGCCUACCCGACUGCAAACAGGACAGUCCUCCCAAAACGACGGUUAUCCAUUGAAUCACUAUUAGAUGAGGAAAAUCAAGGCAGGAAAGUAUCUAUGAUGCAACAGCAUUGCAUCUCUAAAGCUAUGAUGCCGAUUCAUAUUAAAGUGACAAACGAAAACCAGCAAAGAAUAGCAUCGCGGUUUGAAAGCUUGGAAAUGGACAGUGACCAUGAGGUAAUGGUGUCAGACCUCAGUGAUUGCAUCCCAGUUGAAGGCUCAUCCUUUUGUAGUGAAAGUGACUUUGACCAUUACUCGUUCACCUCUUCAGAAAGUUUUUAUGGCUCAGGCCACCAUGCCCAUCACCAUAAGCAUCUUCUCAGCUCCUGCAAAGGCAGGUGCCCAGCCUCUUACACAAGAUUCACCACCAUGCUGAAACAUGAAAGGGCCAAUCAAGAGAAAAAGACAGCCCCCAGGAAGCCUGAAGCAGAGUCCAACCUCUCCAAGUUGGCAUUCCUUGUCAGUCCCGUGCCUUUCAGGAGGAAAAAGGGCUUACCUCCUCAAAGAAAAACUGAGAAACCAAAAUCUAAAUCAGUGUUUGAAGCACUGGAUUCUGCAUUGAAAGACAUCUACGAUCAUAUCAAAGCAGAAAAGAGGCGUGGGAGUCUACCUGAUAACAGCAUACUACACAGACUGAUAACUGAACUGCUUCCGGAUAUUCCUGAACGAAACUCUUCCCUCAAGGUUCUGAGGAAAAAGCAGAGUCCACUGCCUUCUGACCGGCAAGAGGAGGAGGUUAAUUUUCCUUUGUACCAGUGUGAUUAUGAAAAACAUCCCUUUAGUGCCUCUUAUCAGGACAUGGACACCAACAACAACCCAGAGAAUGAUUGCACAUACUACCAAGGAGAUCCAGAGAGCGAGAGGGAAGGCCAUUCCAGUCCAUUCUUAAAUCUGACCAGAGGAAUCGCACGCAGACACGGGGAGAAUAGACAGCCUGCUAAAGCAAUUUAUGAUUUUAAGGCUCAAACAGCAAAGGAAUUACCAUUCAAGAAAGGGAGCAUUGUCUACAUUAUUAGACAAAUAGAUCAAAAUUGGUUUGAAGGUGAACACCAUGGAGCAGUUGGCAUAUUCCCCAUUUCGUAUGUUGAGAAGUUGCCACCAACUGAAAAGACACAGCCAGUGAGACCGCCUCCCCCAGCUGAGGCCCGAGAUUUUGGGGAAGCUAUUGCAAAGUAUAAUUUUAAUGCAGAUACCAACGUGGAGCUCUCACUAAAGAAGGGUGAAAGGGUCAUUCUUGUCAGGCGAGUCGAUCAAAACUGGUACGAAGGACGGAUUCCUGGGACAAAUCGCCAAGGAAUCUUCCCAAUUACAUAUGUGGACGUUCUCAAGAAACUUCAGCCAAAGAACACAGCAGAGUACCCCAGGCAUUCUCUGCCCCUGAGCUUUUCCAGUGAUAGAAUUCACUGUUUGGGAUCUACAAAGGAUUUUAGCCAAUACGAAAGAUACCAGGCUAUGUACAGCUACAACCCGAGAAAUGAAGAUGAGCUGGAGCUAAAGGAAGGAGACAUUGUUGAUGUAAUGGAGAAGUGUGAUGAUGGCUGGUUUGUUGGAACAUCUCGACGAUCCAAGUUCUUUGGUACCUUUCCAGGAAACUAUGUGAAGCGACUAUAAAAUUUUAUACAUAAUUGUAUACACUUUGCUUUGAGUUUAGCACAAUAACUUUCUGCAGCUCUCAUUAAAAGAAGUUUCAGUCUGUAGACUCUCAAAGACACCUUUGUGACAGUUGUGUGAUUGACUACAGCUAACUUCAGAAGCAUCAUUUAACAUCAUCUUCAGUCAAGGAAUAAGGACAUUUUGAAACAUGCAAUCUGGAGGUUGUUCUACGUUCCUCUCAGGAUGUUUCAAAAACAACUGGUUUUUAUUUUUAAGGUGCACUUACUUGAUAAAUCCAUUAUACCCCUAUGUAAGCAAAUGUAGUGAAUGCUUAUUUAUUCUUCCUGGUACAGAAGCUUACAGUGGUCUGUCACUAACAUUUAUUAUUGAUGAUUUUGUCACAGAGUAGAGAAAACACAUAACACGUUCAACAAGUAUUACACCAGUAACUCAUACAGCUAUGAUAAUCGCCACUUUCCAAACUAGAGGUGAGGUCCUGUAGUCUGCUCUAUUUUUCUUCCAGUUAAUUCGCUCAGUUUGAUUUGCUGCUGAAUGAUGAGAUGCAGAAACAAUAAUGCCACAUUUUGUACAGGUUGUUUGAAAAUUGUUGCAGGUGUGUUUCUCACUUCCACACAGAUCUUUUAAUAAUGAUGGCUUAGAAUAUAUAGUAAAAAUAAGAUUUCUUGAUAGAAUAUUGAGUUGAUCAAGCAUGAGACCAUUCUUUUGAGGUAAGCUAUAUUCAGAUUCCCAAAUCCAAAUUGUCAUAUUUAAUACUUUAGGUGACUCCUUGGACUCAGCAGUUACUAAAGAAUGCAGAUGUCCAAAUGUCAUAUUGCAGUUUGAAACUGGAUUCGGGUUGCAAUUACAGCAGCAUGAGGCAACUUGUUUUGUCACUGUGCGCUCCAAUCCUGCUGAAGAAGUUUUUAAAAAGGGUGACAGUGCACAUUUUAAAAUUCACUUUUUUGAUAUCAGUUGUGUUAUUUAACAUAAUUAACAUUAUUAACAUGGAAAUGACUUUGUCAUGUUUACAUGUACUUUUAAAGCUCCUAAAAUAAUUCCCUGUUCACAAUUUGUUUAUGUGAUUGAAAAACUGAAUAGCUUCCUUCUGAUAAAUACAAUUUCCAUUCUAGAAAUUUAGGACAUGUUUUAGAAACUACUCAAUAUUUGUCCGAAAUGAAUGGUUCUUUUUAUUUAAGAAUUUGAGCAAUGUGUUCUGUGAAAUCAAACAUCAAACUAAACUGCCAUGGUUGGGUAUGAACACACACAAUUGGAAGGGAGAAGGAAUUGUUUGCGCUGCAGCACCUUAGUUCAAAACAAGCGUGUGUAAUUGUCUUUUUAAUUUCUUUCAUAAAUGCUUGAGUUUACUACAGUGUAUGUUGUCCACACAAUUUGUACAUAUAUAUAUGUCUGCUUUAUUUUGUACAGAUGUUUUAGUUGUUGCAUUUUUUUUCAAAAAAUCACUACUUUUCAGAAACUUUUAUAAGUCUCUGUCAUUCCCUUACCCCUUUUUACUAAUGGCCUCUCCCAUUGCCCUGGUUGCAAGCACAUUUAGAUGGUGCGAGUGUGUACGAUAGUAUUUUAUUGCAGAAUUUUGCAAAUUGUAUUUCAACAAAUAUAGUGUUACCAGCAAAAAAAAACUAACUGUACAUAUAUCUUUAUAGUUAUUAACAGGAAAUGAGAAUAAAGGGUCUGAAUAGAUUCACCAAUACUCUUUUACAGUAUAUCUUUAUUACACCAAAACUCCAGCCUAAGAGUUGUAUAAUCUUGAAGCUUCAAAUUUUGAAUCUAUUGAACUGCAUGCAGCGCAGCUGUGAAAUCAACAACUUUACUGUUGUUUUAUGAUGAAAAUGACCAUAUUUGUUGCCUGUAAAAUGAGAACUCUUUAUAUUCUCUGUAACUGAAUUUAAAAGACUUCUUUUCGUAAAUUAACAUCAGAUGAUUCAUUUUGAUGCCGUACAAUUCUUAUGGAGAAAAGAACUCACUUUUUCUGUGUUUUUUGUGAAUUUCAAUCCCUAAUAAAUUUUGCCUGAAUUGAA